AUGGCCACAAACCUCCACCUCUACCUCCACCAACUCUCCCAAAAAUACGGCCCCAUCAUCCACAUGAAACUCGGCCCCACCCCUCUCCUAGUAGUCUCCUCCCCAAAACUAGCCAAAGAAGUCCUCAAAAUUCAAGAUACAUCCUUUUGCAGUAGACCAAAAUCCUUAGGACAACAAAAACUCUCCUACAACAACUCCGACAUCAUCUUCUCUCCAUACAACGACUACUGGAAGGAAAUGAGAAAGAUCACAUCCAUUCACCUCCUAAGCCCGAAGCGCGUCCAAUCCUACCGCCCCAUCCGGGAGGACGAGAUCUCCAAAAUGAUCACGAAGAUUUGGAGCUUCUCCCACGCUCGGGAGGCCGUGAACUUGAACGAGAUGGCGUUGGCGCUCGGCAGCAGCUUGAUAUGCAGAGUUGCCUUCGGGAAGGAAUGUUCUAGAAGGUUCGAUGAGCUUCUAGAAGAAGUGCAGGCCGUGGCAGCUGCAUUCUACGUUUCGGAUUAUUUUCCGGCCUUCGGGUGGGUGGAUCGGGUCACCGGGAUGCUGACGAAGCUCGAGAAGACGUGCGAGAGGAUGGAUUCGUUUUACCAGGAGCUUAUCGAUGAGCAUCAUGGCCGGAGAAGGGAGGAGGCGGCGGAGGAAGGCGGUGACAUUCUUGAUUUGUUGAUUGAGCUCAAAUUGGAGCAAAAGCUUCAUUCUUUUGAUUUUGGAUGGGAUAACAUCAAAGCCCUGCUACUGGUAUGA